AUGAAUUCCAAUUUAAUAAUUUACCUAGUUUUCCCAAUUUCAUUUCUAAAUUAUCGAGUUUUCUCUUGUGCUGCUACAACUUCUACAACAACCCCAACAACAUCAACUGGUAGGUGAGAGUUAUCAUAUGUUCUUCUGCCCAAAAACCAUUUUUUUUUCUUUUUCAAUGAAGAUUGCACUACUUGUACACAAGGUCAAAUUACAUUUCAGCAGGCAUCAGGGACUAUUCAGAUAAAUACGAGUGGAAUGUGAGUUCGAUUGUAAAAUUAUGGAUUUGAAAAAAUAUAUGGAAUGGAAAAAUAACUAUUUAGGUCCUGAAAAAUUCCAGAUUCGGAACAGAUUCUAAUGGGUGUCUAACAUUAACAGCGACUUGUACAGCAGAUGCGGGUUAUUACGCAUUCAUGCAAUUCAAUGUGAAUCAAGGUGGCCCGGCAGAAAAUUCAAAUAUGGGAAGGGUAAUUAAUUUAAUUCAAAAAUUCACUAACAUAAAAUUCCAAAUUUUCUGCAGACUAUAAACGCUCCGCUGUCUUGUAUAAAUGGAAACUGGGUGUACACAAGUGGAGGUGUUUCUCGAAUUGUAACCAGUGUUUCGUGUAAUCAAGCACCAGAUGCUGGAUAA